AGUUUUUUGAUAAUUAUUUACGUGAAUGUCAGAAAUAUAGAUUUUGCGACACAAAACCAAAAAAGUUUACGACACUGACUUUAGCCACAAACAAAACGACAGCAAUUAUAACACGACAUAGUAAAUAACACACAAAACCAACGAAACAUGUCUAACUUACUGCAGUUGAUAAAUCACGACGACGAUGAUAAAGAUUAUAAUUACACACCAAAUACAGCAACCCCAUCAACUACCACCACCACACCAGAAAACACCAAUGCCACCACUGCCGAAAGCAACACUGAAGACAUACCAGAAACAGUCUCUCAAGAAAAGAUACUAGAAAGCUUUGAAAAGAUAAAAACACACUUUCCAGCCGCUAGAAUUAAGAAGAUUAUGCAAAGUGAUGAGGAUAUUGGGAAAGUCGCCCAGGCCACACCAGUUAUUAUUGGCCGAGCUUUGGAAAUCUUUAUGGCUAAUUUAGUAGAAGUAUCUAUAUUAGAGGCCAAGAAACAGGGCGUUAAAAGGAUAAGCGCAUCCCAUGUCAGAGCUGCUAUAGAGAACACUGAGCAAUUUGAUUUCUUGGUGGAAGCAGUUGAAAAGUAUCCACCUUUGAAGAAGUUGGACUAAGGUGUAUAGAUAAUGAAAUAAUGAGUAGUGGUCUGUAAUUGUAAAUUAGAAUGAUGUCGAGGGUUAAGAGUGUUUGACCGUUUUAUCGUACUG